UCAACCACCCACCGCAGUGUAUCGGCAGUCAGCAGUACAAUCGCAAUGAUGUUGAUUAGGCAACGAAUCGGAUCGAUCUACCGGCUGGCCGGGAUCAGUGUCCGCACUUGCACGAAGGAUUCCAAAAGUGGUAAGCAGCCAGAUCCAGAAGACGCCGCUGAGGAUGACCACCGCCAGAGGAAAAGUUCCGAAACAAGGGUGGCCUUGCGAACGCCCCUAUUCGAGCACGUCUCCACCAAGGAUAAGAAGACCUACAUCGAGAUGGUGCGUGUAUUCGAAGGCCGGAGUGUCCAUCGGAGGAAUCAUGUGGAGUUUAUCUACGCGGCGCUUAAACACAUGGAAGAGUUCGGGGUGCACAAGGACCUGGAAGUGUACAAAUCGCUGAUCAACGUUAUGCCGAAGGGCAAGUUUAUUCCGACGAACAUCUUCCAGGCGGAGUUUAUGCACUACCCGAAGCAGCAGCAGGUCAUCAUCGAUCUGCUCGAGCAGAUGGAAGAUAACGGUGUCAUUCCGGACUACGAGAUGGAAUCGAUGCUGGUCAACGUGUUCGGCAAGAAGGGCCACCCGGUUCGAAAGUACUGGCGGAUGAUGUACUGGAUGCCCAAGUUCAAGAAUCUGUCCCCAUGGCCGUUGCCCAAUCCGGUACCGGAUGAUUCCCUGGAGCUGGCCAAGAUGGCCAUAGAGCGAAUGUGUUCCGUGGAUUUGCUUUCGCAAAUCACCCUCUUCGAAACGGAGAAUGUCCCCGAGGCGCUGGAGCACACGUGGAUCGUCAGCGGACAAAGCUCGGAACAGCAGCAACUGUUGGCCCGGCACCAGCAGAAACCGGUCUUCAUCGAGGGACCGUUCGUGAUAUGGUUGAGAAAUCGGUCGAUCAACUAUUUCCUGCUGAAAAGCGAGUCUAAUCCACCACCGCCUAAGGACGACGAAGAUUUGGACGAUGUCCGCAACAUUCGGAUUCCGUUCCUGGGCAUCGGAAUGAGUCAUUCGAAAGCCCCUCCCAAAAAUAAGGUGGCCCUACAACGGUCCAUUCACGAGCAGGAUGAUGGAACGAUAUUUGCCAUCUGCUGCACCGGUUCAUCGACGAAGGAUUCGCUGCUGUCGUGGGUUCGAUUACUCGAGAAGCACGGUAAUCCAUGCUUGGGCCAUAUGCCGGUACUGUUUAAAUUCACGUCGCAUGUGCCGGAUCAGCUGAAGGUGGCUGCGCCCGACGGAGAGGCUAGUGACGACCAGGAAGCUAAGGAUGCUAAGCUGGGGUCUUAGUGCUAGUGGUGUUCAAGAAAAAAGUAAUAAAUUGCGUGUAAAUACA